AUGCUCAGUUCUUCGGCUUCGUUUUUGAGGCAGUUAAGUGCAAAGGAGACUUGGAAAUCAACGUUGAGUGGGAGAGAGAGUUAUAUUAGAAGUGGUUGGGGAGUGAGAGUUGGAGGGUGUGAGGCAAGCGUGAAUCUAAUGGAAGGAUUUAACAUGCACGGGAAUGAGGAGAGUGGGGUCAUGGGGAGGAAGAGGGUGAUGGUGGUGGUUGAUGGCACUUCACAUUCCAAGCAUGCAAUGAUGUGGGCACUCACUCAUGUAGCUAAUAAGGGUGAUUCCUUGACUCUGCUUCAUAUUGUCCCUCCACAUAAGGGUCCUGAAUCUUCUUGUUCCACCUAUCUUGUCAAUUAUCUUGGGUCCCUUUGCAAAGAUUGCAAGCCAGGGGUGGAAGUGGAAGCGCUCGUAAUCCAAGGACCAAAACUGGCCACAGUAAUGAGCCAAGUAAAGAAGUUGGAGGUCUCUGUCCUGGUACUGGGCCAAAAGAAGCCGUCUUCUCUUUUAAGUUGUAUUUGUGGAAGCAGCGGUAGCAGUAGUACAGAGGAUUUUGUGAAGUAUUGCAUCAAUAAAGCAGAGUGCUUGACAAUUGGAGUGAGGAAGAGGAGCCAGGGCACGAAUGGAUACCUGAUUAGCACUAGGUGGCAGAAGAACUUCUGGCUUUUGGCUUAG